CGAGCGCUGAAAAUUUUCUUGAGUAUUACUUACAAACUAUACGGAAUUAACUAUAUAUAAAAUAGCACAUUGGAAUUCUAUAAGUAACGCAUUACGAGAUAAAUAAAGACGUUAAUAUCGAUCUAUGAAAAUUAAGUGAAUAUUUGUAUUUUACUGUGAAAAUGAGUAGGGAAAUUGUAUUUUUUUUUAUGCUAUGGUCAAAUGUUAGCGUACUGAGCACUGAAGAAUUACUUCAAGAGUUACCGGCAUCGAUAAAACAGAUGAAAAACCUUGCGCAUUUUGUGUGCAAAGAUUUAUUUCCUAAUGAAUGGUAUCCAAGUCUGACCCCUAAGCUGCAAGAGGAACGUAAACUCUGUGAACGGAACUUUUUAAGUCACAACUACACUGACGGGAAACCCCCGAAUAUAACAAUAAAAAAGCGGAGGGAAUACAAGGUGUCGGUAACAGCGACCCCGUCGAAUCACAUGCAAAUAGUCGCUUUGCUCAACGAACACAACAGUGAUGAGGUCAUAUAUUAUAGUCUUAUCAAAAACAACGAAAAACCCGACGACCUGUAUCCCAGUCCUACAGAGAGCUAUACCUUCUGGACAGCUACAAUAAACUCCGAUGGUACUUCUUCCUUAUGGAAAAGAGGGCCGAUCUUGCAGUCGUGGAAACAUGUUGAGAAGAAAUAUGAUAUAAAGUUAAUUUUUUUAUUGGAUUCAUACAAAAAGGAUUCUUAUCAUAUAAGCGGUCAAUUUUGGUGGAAUUCCAGUGAUCCUACAGAUUUAAAAUUCAACGUAUUAAAUAAUUGCGCUCAUGGAGUCCUAGGCAAUUCGGACGACAAACGGAUCGGACCAGUUUCCAAUCGCUCAGUGAUACUACAAAAGUUGCCUCUAAACGAUACAUGCACGAUACGUGUGAAAGGAAAAUACUCUAUGACCAAUUUAACAUAUCACACACCCACCUGUGAAGAAAUUCCGCUUUGCGAGCCGCCGCCACAAAUACCAGAGAAUGUGACCAUGGUGGUAUCUAAGGAGGUGGACUCAGACCUGUGGUCGGUGCACGUGCGGUGGGCGAAACAGCGACCUGCGCCAUACGACUACAAUGUUACAUUGCGUGCAAACUCCGUGCAAAGCACAGUUGUUUUAGGCAACGUGACAGAAGUCAAUUUCAAAAACGUAAAAGGCCGAGGAUUGUAUAACGUGUCGGUGGUCGCAAGAAUUCCUGGCAAAAUUCCAGCAGUAGCGAUUCAGAGGAACAUAUUCCCGGCUCGAGAGACCAUUCCAAUUUCCACCAGUCUCAUGAUAGGCGUGAUGUGUGCAGCGGCGCUACUCACAGUUAGCACUUUGCUGGUUUUUAUACAUUACGUGCGCAGGAGACUGGUCUCAAAAUAUUCUACUAAAAUAUAUUUUCCGGGGGUACUAGAGAAAAUACCGGAGGAUGUUGAGAAAGACGAGAGUAGCCAAGAAUCAGGUUCCGAGGACCAAUGGGAGGUGCGUCUGGAUCGUUUGUUGCUACAUGAGGUUAUAGGAGAAGGUGCCUUUGGCGUUGUUCGAAGAGGCACCUUGGCGCCAACUGACAAAAACGUGGCUGUUAAAAUGCUUAAAGAUUUCCCAUCCCUGGAGGAGAUCCGUUCCUUUCGCGCAGAAAUGGAGCUGAUGAAGAGCGUGGGCGCACACCCGCACGUGGUGAGCUUGGUGGGCUGCUGCAGCGGUCGCCGCCCACUCAUCGUGGCAGAGUACUGCAGCCGCGGCGACUUGCUUACUUAUCUCAGAUGUUCAUGGGACCUGAUGGUGUCAAGACGUAACGCCAAAUAUAGCAACAAUAACAAAGAAUGCACCAACUAUCGCUACGAUCAGUUUAAAAACACACCCGAAUCCAAGUUUGUUGCGAAUCGUCUUUACGAACUCGAAGGAGUCUGCGACACAGAGCUGACUCUGCUUGACCUUCUUUCUUUUUGCCGGCAAGUGGCCAUGGGCAUGGAGUUUUUAGCUUCAAACCGAGUCGUUCAUAGGGACCUAGCGGCUAGAAACAUUCUGGUUACAGCAGAUAGGACAUUGAAAAUAGCUGAUUUCGGUCUAUCGAGAGACGUCUACCAAGAAAAUCAGUACAAGCAGAAGAGCAACGGCAAGAUGCCCGUGAAGUGGAUGGCUUUGGAGUCUUUAACGCAUCGCAUUUAUACGACACAAACUGAUGUAUGGUCUUUCGGCGUUGUUAUGUGGGAGGUAGUGACGGUGGGAGGGGCCCCGUACGCUGGCGUAAGCGCCGCGCGGCUUCCGCGUCUCCUCGCCGCAGGAUACCGCAUGCCGCGACCCCUCAACUGUAGUGCGCCACUAUACCAAUUAAUGAUGUCAUGCUGGAACGAUCGGCCGCGCUCCCGACCAACGUUCUCGGACCUGCACAUAGCGUUGGACGAGCUGUUGACUGCCAGCGCUGACCACUACCUAUCUCUCGCGCUCCCAGUCUUGGUACCUGAGGAAGGCACUCCCAACGCGCCGCUCAGUCAGUACGUCCGUAACUUGAUGAGCUUACCACGUGUAUUUUGCAGAGGCAAAUGGCGGAACGGCAAAAAUUACGAGCGGCCCCUCUCUAACCACUACACCGCUCAGCCAGCGCCCCUAAUACAAACUUGAAACGAAAUAGAUACUGAAGUUUAGUUCACAAACUGCAAGGCCACCAGAGAUGUAGGUACACCACGUAUUUAUGUAUCUAACCAAAAAUGCAAAACUGUGAGAAAACCAUAAUCAGAAGAACGCUCAAAUAUAACGUGUUUUAUACGUUUGAUAUCUUUUUGAAGUUGCCUAGGACAUUUUUGCAAACUAAGAGACCUUGUAAAUGUAUGCAACCCUACGAAAGGCAUGCUAUGAUGGCCACAAUUAUAAAAAGCAUCAGAUGAAUGCGAAAUAUACUUAUAAGUUGACAAUAUUAAUAAAGACACAACAAAACUUUAUGAAAUAGACAUAUAUCAAUAAAGCAGCUUGUUAUAAACGAGACAGCGCAUUUCGAAUAUAUCAUCAUCACCAUCAACCGAUCACCGGCCCACUACAGGGCAGGGGUCCGCUCAGAAAGAGAAGGGUUUACGUCGUAGCCUACUGGCCAAGUGCGGAUCGGUUUACGUCACACGUCUUUGAUAACAUAACUGAGAACUUUAGGCAUGCAGGUUUCCUCACGAUGUUUAUUUAAAAACGCACAUAACGCCGAAAUGUCAGUGUUGCGUACCGGGGCUCGAACUCGAUCUGAUCGAUAGGAAAGCCGAAGCCUUACCCACUAAUCUAUCAACGCGUUUAUUUUUAGAUUAUUCACGUAUGUAUGUUAAUGGCCCAUAAUUUAGGUAGUUUAGCAAACCGAGCUUAAAAACAUUACUCUAAAUAUCGUAGGUGUUUCCAGCUUGUUGGUAUGUCAACUGACGCGUUUCAAAUGCACGUAAAACAGACCCUAAAUCAACGGCAUCUAUUUAGCAUUAAACUUAGGUUAUUAUUUAGUGAAUAAUGAAGUGCUAUGAUCUCAAAUAUGUAAUGUUAUUGUAGAAAUUUAGUUAUGCAUAUUAUGUAAAUAGUUAAGUAACGAAAUAUAACAAUUUUAAAUAUUUGCAUAUGGAUAUGAUGGGAAAAUUUGUGGUGACUCUAAACAUAUCUAUUUAUAUAUCCACAGAUGUAAGAGUAAGGCUGUCCUUUUCUAUAGGGAGCGUUGUAAAAAGCCCCCUACCCCAGCUCAGCCCUACUUUAAGACCCGUUAUUGUUAUAUCUACCUGAAAUAAAUUGACAGGUUUAAAAAUUGUUUCUCUAAGUAAUAUAAUGAAAACUGCAAGAAAUAAUAUGUAAAGAAAAACCCUACUUAAAUGAAAUUCCAUUCAAACUAUAACAACUUUUUAAGACCUGCUAUUUAGUAUAGAGAAAUGUGUAAGUAAAGUAUAAAAAUGUGUCACAACGUCCGAAGUGAGUGCAAACCUGAGUGGUUAUCCUCUGAACCAAGGCUGUUACUAAAUGCUUUUAUUUUUUCACUAUGCAUGUUACUUACUUCUAAUAACAGAGGUAAGUAACAUGCAUACUACAAUAAUUUCAAAACAAUUAUCCCUAACCGACUGAGCUGUGAAUACACGUUUCGUUUGAAUGAUAAUGCAAUGGCAGCUUUGGUGACAUCUUUCAAAAUUCAAUAAGGCCGA